CAAAUGAAAAUGUGCGAGAAAUGAGAGGUUUAUUGCUCUCCUUAGAAGAAAGUCGCAAUGCGGUAUAUAUGAAAUGAAUACCCUUUUAAAAUUUGAAAAAACUCCCAAAUAAUUACUUGGAACUUUUUACUGCUUCAUAGAUCUACAUUUGGUUCAUUAAAAGUAACGAAAUUAUCAUGCCAAGCCUAAAAAAUUUAAGUGGAACUUUGCCCAAAACAACUUUCCAUCAUGAAUUAUUGCCACAAGAAGAUGAAGAAAGAUUAGAAAAGCUCUUCAAGAAGUUGGAUAAAGAUGGAAAUGGCAAAAUUGAUAUACAUGAUCUUUCUGACGCCCUCAAGAAAUAUGGGGUUCAUCAACAUUAUGCUGAGAAAUUUCUCAAGAGUUCCAAUUCAAGUGAAGAUCAAUUUUCUUUAGCAGACUUUAUAAUUUAUGUGAGAGAACAUGAAAAGAAUUUGAGAUUACAUUUUUCUCAUUUGGAUCGUAACCGUGAUGGCAAGAUUGACUUGGAAGAAUUGGCAGGAGCUUUCAAGGAUCUUGGAAUUCCAUUGGAUAGAUCUGAGGCCAAGAAGCUUUUGCAAAGGAUGGAUCAAGAUGGUAGUUUGAAUAUAAGUUUUGAUGAAUGGAGAGAUUUUCUGCUACUUGCACCAAGCCAGGACAUACAUCAGUUGAUCAAAUAUUGGCGUCAUUCUACGUACCUCGACAUCGGGGAGGACAUGAAUGUUCCCGAUGAUUUUACACAAAGUGAAAUGCAAACUGGCAUGUGGUGGCGCCAUCUGGCUGCGGGCGGCAUAGCUGGCGCUGUAUCACGGACUUGUACCGCUCCUCUAGAUAGGCUGAAAGUUUUUCUCCAAGUACAACCAACUAAGCAAAAAAUCAUGGACUGUUUGAAGUGCAUGCUUAAAGAGGGGGGUGUGAAAGGCUUAUGGCGAGGUAACGGAAUCAAUGUUUUGAAAAUAGCACCUGAAACAGCGAUAAAAUUUGCUUCAUAUGAACAAGUGAAGAGGUUCAUCAAGGGUGAUUCUAAAGAAAACCUCAGUAUUUAUGAGAGAUUUAUUGCUGGUGCUCUUGCUGGUGGUAUAAGCCAAACCACUAUUUAUCCUAUGGAAGUUCUGAAGACAAGGUUAGCUCUCAGAAAAACAGGCCAAUACAAAAGUAUUGCUGAUGCUGCUUUCAAGAUCUAUGCAAAUGAAGGCAUGAAAAGCUUUUACAGGGGCUACAUUCCUAAUAUUCUCGGAAUCAUUCCUUAUGCUGGCAUAGAUCUUGCAGUGUAUGAGACACUCAAGAAAAACUACCUUAGUACACAUUCCACAGAUGAACAACCAAGCUUUUACCUGUUGCUAGCGUGUGGCAGCGCUUCUAGUACUCUUGGUCAAAUGUGCUCGUAUCCCUUAGCUUUAAUUAGAACAAGAUUGCAAGCAACAACGCUUCAUCCUUCCGCAGAUGGUACAGCUGUAAACAUGACUGGUUUAUUCAGGCGGAUUGUUCAGACAGAAGGAGUAACUGGACUCUACAGGGGGAUUACUCCAAAUUUCAUUAAAGUGAUGCCAGCAGUCAGUAUUAGCUACGUGGUUUAUGAGUACUCAAGCAGAUUACUUGGUGUGAACAUGACAUGAUGAAGUAAUUUGUCUAGGAACAAAUUUUUCUUUAGAAGAUUGACUAUGUAUUGCCAAGGGCUGGGCCCUUACGAUUUGGGGUUGGUGGAAAAUAUCCUCCCUGAUCAUUUUUCUUGUUGAUGAAUAUUUAAUUUAUUUGUACAGAUUGAUUAUUAUUUUAAGCUCAAACUAAUAAGCUUCAGUGGCUGUUAAUGUUAUACCUCGUCAAAAUUUGAUCACACAAAGUAAGAAUAUUUUUAAUGAACUCAUUUCUGUGAUGGUUUUGGUUUAUAUUUUCAACAGUUAUGUGUAUUCCAAGUUAAUAUGUUUUUCAAUGAAUGAAAAAAAUUACUGAUUGUUAUUGUAAUCCAUGAAUUUUGUACAUUGUAUGAAUAGUCAACUGAUUUGCAAAUCAUUCUUAUUAUGCAUAAUAUUCUUUGCUUAUCUAAAAUAUUUUUAUUUUUUUUUAAUACAUUGGAUAUAAGUUUUCAAAUGGUUUAUUCUUUUCCAACCGAUCAAUUCAUUCUUUUUAAUUUCCAAAAGUCUUCCUUUUUGAUGCAUUUAGCUCUCAGAAGAAUUUGAAUCAUUAUUCAACUUCAAUAUGGGAAACAUUUUCCUUACCGAAUCAUGCUAAUACUUUUAGAAUUUGAUGAAUAGUUUUGACAUCAGUUUUUCAAUCCAAAUAAAUUUAAAAAUUACACAUUUUUUUUGGCUCUUUAUUCAUUUUUUCCAGGUAAGUACUCCAUAUUUAUGACUGAAAUUCACAUUGAAUUUUUGUUUGAAUUAUUAACAAUCCAAAUAUUAGUCAUGAAAUAUAGAAUAAAUUAUUCAGAGGAUCUGUUAAAUUUUGACGAGGGGAAAAUGUGGUGUACAAUUUUUCCUACCAAAGAUGUUUCGACAGCAUUCACUCUCUUAAACUUGUUACGUGAUAAAUAUUUAAAAUUGUAUCUAAUAUUCGAGAUUCCACCUGUGGAAAUGUGAUGAUGUACUUAAUUAAUAUUUUAAUAAACAAUAUUUAUUGAAAAUCCUAUGUAAUUUAUAAAAAUAAAAUAUUUCAAAUUCUC